AUGAAAAGACAGGAUGAGGAAAGAGGGAUGAGGAUGAGAAAACAGCUGAUGUUGUUCCAGAGCCCUGCCCAGCUCUCAAUGAGCACAAGUGCUCCAUCAGUGAGGGUUUCCAUGGCUACACAGGCUUUCCCCCGACCCCAUCUGAGCAGAUUCACAAGAUUAGUCCUAAGAGAGCUUCAACGAAGUCAGUCUCUCUCAUACAGCGAGAGCACCCGUAAGAUGCCCAAAGUCCCAAACUUCUCGCUUCAGGCUGUCAGACACUUGUGGAUCCACACUGCACUCAUUGAGAAAGUGCUGGACAAGAUUGUACUGUACCUGGUGGAAAACAGCAGUAAGUUUUACGAGAAGGAGGCUAUCCUAAUGGAUCCUGUGGACGGCCCUAUCCUCGCCUCUUUGUUAGUGGGUCCCUGUGCGUUAGAGUACACUAAAAUGAAGACGGCAGAUCAUUUUUGGACCGAUCCUUCAGCUGACGAGUUGGUGCAAAGGCAUCGUAUUCACAGUGGUCACUGCCGACAAGACUCACCUACAAAAAGACCUGCUCUCUGCGUGGUGGACUGUGGGGGAACAGUGGUUCUGGUUAGUCAGGAUGGGAUUCAAAGGCCUCCGCUUCGUUUUCCCCGCGGUGGUCACCUCCUACAGUUCCUCUCCUGUCUGGAAAAUGGUCUGCUGCCUCAUGGCCAGUUAGACCCUCCGCUUUGGUCCCAAAGAGGAAAGGGUAAAGUAUUUCCUAAGCUAAAGAAGAGAUGUCCACAGGGAUCCUCAGACUCUGUCUCAGACAAAGAAGAGGAAGAAGCAACAGAUUAUGUCUUCCGCAUUGUUUUCCCAAACAGCCAGUCAGAAUUUGUUACUUUUACCCAGUCCUCCCAUCUCUCCUUGGGUACUGUACUCCUGGCCCGAUCUAUCUCCCUGAACUCCAGGGGGCUGUGGCCUCCUAAACACCAGACCCUGGUGAUGCCAAAGCACCACUGCAGCUGCCCGGGAGAGUCCCCAUCCACCUCUGAGCCCAGCUUGGCUCCAGAAUUGAUAGAUCAGGGAGUAAACAUGUGGCACCCAACACCAAGGAAAUCAUCUUGCUCUUCCUGCUCACGGAGUAGUUUCUCUGAUGGAGCACCGCCCAAUGGAUGCAACCAUGAACGGGCCCCUCUGAAGUUGCUGUGUGACAAUAUGAAGAACCAGAUCAUCUCUCGAGCUUUUUAUGGAUGGCUGGCAUACUGCCGUCACCUGUCCACGGUACGCACUCACCUGUCUGGCCUUGUCAAUCACACUAUUGUGGAACCAGAUGUGCCCACUGACACCUAUGGUGGCCUCACAACAGAAGUGUGGCAGAAGUUUCUUCAAGACUGCAGUACCUAUGAGGAGAAGGAGUUACUAAGGCUAGUUUAUUUCGGUGGAGUUGAGCCUUCUUUACGAAAGGAAGUCUGGCCUUUCCUGCUGGGUCAUUACCAAUUUGGGAUGUCUGAGGCUGAGAGAAAAGAAGUGGAUGAGCAGAUGCGAGCGUGCUAUGAGCAGACGAUGAGUGAAUGGCUGGGGUGUGAGGCCAUUGUUAGGCAGAGAGAAAAAGAACAGCACGCUGUGGCGUUAGCCAAGUGUUCUUCUGGGGCGAGUAUAGACAGCACCACACAAAGAAUAAUGCACCGUGACUCCACCAUCAGUAAUGAGUCCUCGCAGAGCUGUAGUUCAGGCAGGCAAAGAGAUUCCAGGCUGCAGAGCGACUCCAGCAGUGGUACUCAAGUGUUUGAGUCUGUUGAAGAGGUCGACCAGAUUGAGUCUGAGCCCAAGAGUGAAGACAUCAAACAUGUUUCCAAAAUAUCAAAUGGAACACCCCAAAAUGGUACCAGUUCUCCAGACUCUGGUCACCCCUCUUCCAGAAACUUCUCCGUUACUUCUGGUCAGUCGGACUCCUUGAGCACAGAGGACAGUGGGAUACAUGACCCAAGCCUUAAAGCCCAACUACAGCUAGCAGUAUCAAAGGAAAGGUUUGCAAGUUCAUCUGGAGAGGAAGGAAAGGUGACUGAGGAAGGUGAGACCAAAUCAGUUGAGAAACUAGGUGUGAGAGAAUAUAGUAAAAUUGAGGUUAACAAAGUGUUGUCUUUGGAUGCAGUUGUGACAAAAUCAGAGAGAAGCAAGAAGGCCACAGAGAGCUCAGAGAAAAGGGCAGAGGUCGAGACAGGGGGGUUGAAAACAGCUCGAGAUGCUUUUGAGGCUCCUGCAGUAGCUCGCAGCCACAUGACCAAAAUGGAAGUGGGCGAAUCUACAGAGAGAACUUUGACAUCAAAAAAUGAAGCACUGGCACAGCAAACUGAGUCAGAUAUUCCCAAAGCAACAGAGGUCGUGGAAUUGACUCCUCCAGAGCCGAAGAUGAAUGAGAAUCGGGUAAAUGUGGACAUUGAAAGGUCCCAAAUGGGAAUUAAAGAUAUUAGAGCAAUCCAAGAGAAACCUUUGGUAACAAAAGAUCAUAAAUUAUCAGAUGCACUUGAGCAGAAGGUUGUAGCUGACACACUGGUGUCUGUUUCAAAGGACGAUGAUACAGAGAAUGAAAUGGCGAAAACCAAUGAAUUAAGCCAAGUUAAAUACUCCAAGACAUACAUGGAUGAUGCCAACAAUAUUAGUGGCUCACAAAUAGCUUUAAGACCAGGUGAUGAGAAAGAGAAGAAGACUAUGAAGACCAGUAAUUUACCCAAUGAAGCUGGAACAGCAGUAAAGAGGAAAGCAGCAUCAGUUCUCUCAAAAACCACUGGUACAGAGCAAAGAGAAGAGAAGGUUGUUACAAUGAGGACCACACACAAAGAAAUGCAGAGGAACGCUCCAGUAGUUGAGGAGAUGGUGGUUCCUUUGGUGCAUGAAGCUUUUAGCACAAGAGAGAUGGGUGAAGCCCAAGAUGCAACUGAGUCUGACGAGUCUCCCUCUGCCAUUGAAAUGGAAGAGAUUCCUACAGCUAAAGUGUCCAUGGCCUGGGAAAGGAAGAGUUCACCCAGAAGCAAGGGUAAUGAGCAGGCAACUGUACCUGUAUUGGAACUCAGGCUGGAGGAAGCUCAUGGAAAGCCUAGCUCUGACGGAAUGAAUUUUGAGGAGCCAGAGAUGGAGAGUCUUUGCCCACAGCUUGAUUCACUGGCUGUGAACACUACGAAUGAAGCUACCUCUCCAGUUUCCUCUAUAGGCACCACUUAUUCUCAAGAACUUUUGGACAUGUACAGUCUAAAUCUGCACCGCAUUGAUAAAGACGUUCAGCGCUGUGACCGAAAUUACUGGUACUUCACACCUGCUAACUUGGAGAAACUACGCAAUAUCAUGUGCAGUUAUAUCUGGCAGCACCUGGAAAUUGGAUAUGUCCAGGGCAUGUGUGACCUGCUCGCUCCCUUGUUAGUUAUUCUAGAUGAUGAGGCCAUGGCUUUCAGUUGUUUCACUGAACUAAUGACGAGGAUGAAUCAAAAUUUUCCUCAUGGAGGUGCGAUGGACACCCACUUUGCCAACAUGAGAUCUCUGAUCCAGAUUCUAGAUGCAGAGCUGUUUGAGCUAAUGCAUCAGAAUGGGGACUACACCCACUUCUACUUCUGCUAUCGCUGGUUUCUUCUUGACUUUAAAAGAGAGCUGGUGUAUGAUGAUGUGUUUGCUGUUUGGGAGGUCAUCUGGGCUGCUAAGUGUGUCUCCUCCAGUCAUUUUGUGCUCUUCAUUGCUCUUGCAUUGGUGGAAAUAUACAGAGACAUCAUUCUAGAAAACAAUAUGGACUUCACAGACAUCAUCAAGUUUUUCAAUGAAAUGGCUGAGCAUCACAAUAUCAAGCAAAUUCUGACUCUGGCUCGAGACCUGGUGUGCAAAGUGCAGACACUUAUAGAGAACAAGUAACUCUGAAGCCUCUCACCUCUGUUGUUUAUCGUGUUCACAAUGUAACCCAUCAGCCCUUGCUACAAAACAACAGGGAACAUUUGGCCAAAGCUUAAUGAGCUUCAAAUAUAUGGUAACAUUUCCAAUGCCAAAUAUCUUGAUCUACCUGGAAUCAGUCAGUGCACAAUUUUUAACAGAGUCAUCUGGCUCUUUAAUCAGGUUUUACUGAACAUCGUAGUACAUAAAAUUUUAUAAGCAGAUGCUGCUAAUGAGUGGUCAUUCACUGUUAGACAUGGAUUUUUAUCCUGUGUCUAAAAUGCAGUCAGGAUUACCAGUCACUAGUGACUCAUAGGCUCUAUUCCAAAACCUAGUGAACUGUCUGCUGCCUACUGCCUACAUAAACUGAAAUUUCUAAUUUCAUUCCAGUAGAAUUUGGUGUUCGUUUGUUGCUAAGCCAACAACAUGAUAUUCAUACAGUACAUAGCACACACACACACAUACUGGGUAGAAUAGUCAGUUUAAAUCAGAUUUAAACGUUUAUUGAUAUUUUUCGGUGAAAACAAGUAUUUAUAAACAUUUUAUUCAUGUGAUGCUGCCUUAAAAUUUGACCAAAAGAACAUAUCUUAAAAAAACAGCAUAAUGUUGCAGAAGUGUGCCUAUGAUGCCUUAAAAUGCUGCCUAUGUAAGCAGCUCACUAGGUUUUGAAACAGAACAAUAAAAGUUCAGGGGUUCAGGUCAAGUGCAUUUUACUGCUAAGAGACGGUCACACUAGAUUUCAUGCUCCAUUCACUUUCACAUAUAUGGAGUGCACAUAUAUACACUACUGUUCAAAAGUUUGGGGUCAGUCUGAUU